AACGUUAUUUCUCUCUCAGACUGGAUAAAUCUCUCUCUGGAUGACAGAACUGCUCAGAAAAUGUUGUGGCUCUCAGAAGGUGGAGCCAAAGUGUCACGUAUGUCAGAGGAAGUGUGUCCUGUUCUAGACAGGCCAGAGAGAUAUGAACAUUCACCACAGGUGCUGUGUAAGGAGGGUCUUCUGGGCAGUCGUGGGUACUGGGAGGUGGUCUGCGAGGGCUGGGUGGUGAUUGGGGCAGCGUGUGAAAGCGCAGGGCGGAAAGCUAAGGAUGGCCCAUGUGGUCUGGGAGAGAAUGACCUGUCAUGGGGUGUGGGCUGGGCCGGAUCCUGCUACCACGUCUGGCACAACGGAGAGAACAUCGAAUUCCAGGCUCCCCUCUGUCCCACCAUCGGCAUCUACGCUGACCAGCCAGCUGGCAUCAUCAAAUUUUUCCUUGUUGAAGAUGGAGAGAACGGCUCCAAGGAGACCAGACAGAUUCAUCGGUUUGCAGCCAGUUUCAAGGAGAAGCUCUUCCCUGGUUUCUGGGUGGGCAGGAACUCCUACUGCUGGAUCCGAAAGAAGGAUCAGUAGGGGCGUGAAUACAUGAAGAGAGGGAGGGGUUGGAAGGAAACAGGGUAAGGGUAAUAUAAGAAAGAGGACAGGAAACUUUGAGAAAGAGUCAUUGGUAGGGAGUAAGAUACAGAAGUUAUCUAACUACAACAAAAUGAAUAAUACUGAAACCAUAAUGGAGACUUGCAUUCUAAAUCUGAAUCUGCCUGUUUCUAACCACUAGGUUGGUUCAAAAUAUAGUAUUUUAGCCAGCAAUUUAAUUGGUGUAGCAUUAAUAUUUAUACUAAUGAUUUUGAAUAGUCACUGUAUUAAUUUUAUAUUCCAUGCGAUGACAAAU